CAAGGAAUCUGAAAAGAGAAAGGAGGGGGAUCCUUAUCACCUCUUCUCAUCCCCUCCACAGGUUUCCUUAAUUUCACUUCCUGUGUCCCCUGUGUGAAGAACCACUCCGACAGGUGAGACAGGUAUCACACCUGGACCUGCUUGUUGGACACACACCAGGCGGCACAAAGGAACAUAGUGAAGAGUUUGCAGCGUUUGUGAAUUUACUGGAAUCACGGCCUACUGGCCUUGACCUGAGCUCUGCCUUCUAGACAUAGGGAGUGCUAUGUCACUGUGAAAGUGCUACUCUUCUCUUCUGGUGGUUUGUCUCCCGAGGUACACAAGCUGUUGCCUCCCCAUCGUGGCGUGACAUUCUAAGGCAGGAAUGGGAACUGUAGUCCAAUCUAGCACAGACUCUUCUUUGGCCUCAGGCUCACCAUGAGUGGACCGUAAGCUUACACUCUGCUGGCAUCUGGCUUUCUUCAUUACUAUAAUUUGCCAAUAUGGAAGAGCCCUCAACAACAACAAGCAGGACUCCUCCCAAUCAAGAACAAAUGGAGGAUGAGAUUCUACAGGAGCACCUGGAGCUCUGGUGGUCCAAAGACCCAGUCAGGUCAAUUGUGUGCUACACAACUUCAGUUCUCCUCAUUCUUGCAUGUGGCAUUGGUGGCAUUGUACUGCUUUCCACAACAACCAGUAGAUCCGGAGAAUGGAGGCUAGCCAUAGGGUCCAUGCUGUGUAUACUAGCUCUGCUCAUCCUGCUGAAGCAGCUUCUGAGCUCUGCUAUCCAGGACAUGCACUGCAUACAGAGUCGAGAGCGCAUAGACAUGCUGAAAAGUGGUGGCUUUUCGGACAUUUUGAUAUUUCUGAUCAGUGGCCUCAUUAUCUUCAUAAGUGGGGUUGUGCUUUACAUAAUGUCUUUUACGGGAGAUAUUGGAGGCUAUGGUACAGUAUUGAUAACAAUGCACAGUGUGGGGUUGGCUCUACUUAUCAUAGGGGCUGUCAUACUUCUUGGCCUCUUAGUGUAUGUACUUGUAAUGCUGUAUUGGUCAUGCGUCUCCUCUAGAGGCCCUCAAAUUCGGAAUAUAAAUAUUUUCUCAGUCUCUGGGCAACUCAGUGGUUCCUCUAACACCACAUCAAGUAUGGCCAACCUCAUCUAAAGUGGAAUGAACCCAAACAAACACCAUCGAUAAACUGAACUCCACUCAAUCCAGUCAGAUUAUGAGUCAACAAAGACUCAACAUCCAGGAUAAAAUCCAGAGUGGUGAAAUAUAAGGCUGAUUUUUAUUUCUCAAUCAUAAAAUGGAAAAAUUAUGUUUAUUAUCAUAUGAGAUAUGACCUCAGAGAUUUGACAGUAAUAGGACCAAACAACCCUGCAAUGAUGAGGAGAAGGGUCCUGCUUCUCAAAUAAAUUAAACAGAUAUUCUGCUAAACAUUCAUGGAGUGAUCGGCAGAAUGUUUGUCAUCUAAUUGAUCUGGGAUCGACAAACUAGCCAUGUAUAUCUGAGCCGAACCCAAUGGUAAUGAGUUAUUCACAAACAUUAGCUGCAGCUGUAAGAUGUUAAUGAAUAGGGAUAGUCCAUCAGUGUGUCAGUGAUCCUUAAUUAACGGCAAAGAUUGAAAGCAACACUUUGACCUUUCACGGCUGGUCAUCAAGUUUAAUAAAACCAGCACUAAGUGAAAUAUUACUCUCCGGUUAAUAAGUAAGGGUCACUACUUAUACCGGAAUGCUGGUGUAACCGCUUCUACUCAGAUAGUUACCUGGCACGUGACGCUGGGAUCCUUAUUGUAUUUUAUUUUAUGUUUCUGGUUUUGAAGUUCUUCCUGAUAUUUAAAGCUCUGUGAUUUUAUUUUCAGGACGAGGAGCACUAGUAGUGAGUAUUAGUGAGUAGAUCCACAGCCAGUCCUUUGAGAGAGUAAGAGGUUCUCAGAGGCAUAUCUCACCCCCCCCCCCCCAGUCAUUCACCUCCACCCCACACACACACAUUGGUUCAAAUGUACGCUAGGUUUCCAUAGCAGAGAUUUUUGUUCACCAGGAAUAAAUAAAAGUUAAAACUGCAAGUUCUUUGAAUAUUAGACUGCGAGCCAGCUUAAUCCUGCACGUCACGGUGGGAUUUAUUGACUCUUAAUGAUAACCAGCGUUGCCAACGUUGGCGUGAGACCUGUUAGCACGUCUUAUAGCUUC